AUGGAGCCUACGUUCUGUGCACAGGGGAGGAUUUUCCAAGUGCUACCAGGGUCACCGUGGGAAGCCAGGAGGCCUCGGCUCCUGCGCGGACGUGCCCCGCACGCCGCAGAGCCCGGGCCCGCGGCACGGCAGGCGCGGCGCCCCGCGCACAUCUGCCGUGAUCACCCCGAUGGGACGAGCUCGCUGCACUUCAGAGUUUGUGGUGUUUUCCUGGAUAAAGCUGCUUGCAGAGUGGCUGACCAUGGAAGAACUAAGCGUUCAGCUGCUCCGAAGAGAGAAGAUGCCGCCCAGAGGAAAGCAGCUCUGGAGGCUGCUAUUAGAAAGAAAAUUGAAUUUGAGAAAAAAGCACUAUAUAUUGUUGAACAACUGCUAGAAGAGAACAUUACUGAAGAGUUCCUUGUGAAUUCUGGCAAACUUAUUACACCAUCUCACUAUAAAGACAUUGUUGAUGAACGUUCUAUCAUCAAGCUAUGUGGUUAUCCUCUGUGUCAAAACAAACUGGAAAACGUGCCAAAACAGAAGUACAAGAUUUCCAUGAAAACAAACAGAGUUUAUGAUAUUACUGAAAGAAAGUGUUUUUGCAGUAACUUUUGCUAUAGAGCAUCUAAGUAUUUUGAAGCUCAAAUUUCCAAAAGUCCAGUGUGGAUGCGAGAAGAAGAAAAACCACCGGACAUAGAGCUGCUGAGAGAGGGCCAGAGUGGUCAGACUGGAGAAGAGGUGAAACUAUGUGAUGAAGUAAUUAAAGCUUCUGACAUUGAAAAUCCUAGCGCAUCUUCAGACCCACAUGAAUCUGGUUUUGCUGGCAAUGUCAGUGACAGUAGCAGUGAUACUGAACAAGACUUUGUUUCCUCUGUUCUACAAGGAAGUCAGUCAAGUUCAGCCCAUCUUGCACAACAACUGCACAGAAAAAGCAUCCCCCAAAAGAAACAUCUUCAGAAAGUGUAUUCCAGCCUUAAAAAAGAAGACUUGGAUGUGGUAGAAGCCACUGAGCAACUAUCUAGGUGUAAAUUAGAUGCUCAGGAAGAAAUGCAUGCUUGUUCUGUUCAAAAUAAAGUAACUGUAAAUCCUUCAGAAAAUACUAUUCCUGGAAAAUCAAACACUGCAAAAAACGAUGAAAAUACCUGUAGUGAUUCACAGAUAGUUUUUUUGAGUGUGAGCAAAAAAGGGGAAGAACAUCUUAAAAGAAUGCUAGCUAAGUAUGAGCUGAGGGAUCCAGUUAAUUCCUUGUCUGCCAAAGGCAAUCUAUUAGAAGUAAUUAAGCAAACACUUCUGGAAUGGAGAACUGAAGAAACGUUAAAAUUUCUCUAUGGUUCAAACUACGCUUCUUUGUACUCAUCAGAACGUACAUCCGCUGCCAACCAAGAGAACGAAGAGCUUGAUGAGGAUGACUUAGAUGAACCUGAUGAUCUUAAUGUUGCUGCAGGGGGGUCUGAAAACAGUUUGAAUCAGUCGUUACCAUUUAGAGGCAGGGGUGGAAUUAAGCCUCUGCCUAGUUACGAAAAGUUAAAAGAAGAAACUGAAUUUCUGGAACUUCGAGUAAAAGAGUUCUAUAAAGGAAAGUGCGUCUUGGCUGAGGAGGCAGUGACACAGGCACAGAUAGAGGAGCAUCACCACGAAGAUAAAGAUGAUGAACAGGAAGAUCCCACCUUCCCACUUGUUGAUUCAAACGCACAAAUGCAGAUUAGAAAGAGGAUUGUCCUUGAAAAACUGAAAAGAGCAUUGCCUGCAGUUUUGGGCCCUCUGCAGAUUACCCUAGGUGAUAUUUACACAGAACUAAAGAAUCUUGUCAAAACUUUCCGGUUAACAAACAGAAAUAUUAUUCACAAAAUGCCUGAAUGGACACUAAUUGCUAUUGUCUUGUUAUCAGCAUUGUCGCAUAUUAUUCCAGUUUUCAGAAAUACUGAGAAGAACCCAGUGUAUACACAGUUCCUGUCUACCCUGCUAGAAGAACUGCAUUUCAAAAAUGAGGAUCUUGAAAGUUUAACAAGAAUAUUUAGAAAGGACAACUUACCUGAGCGAACAAGAUGGUCACCUUAACGUCUCCUGCUGUCCAAAAGGGUGGUAUGGAGAAUAAUGUAUCUUCAAUGGUUGGGACUUUAAUUUUUAUGAAAAAUGAAAUUGUGUUGAUUGUACUUCUUGCCCUUUUGCAUUCAUUUAUUUCCUAUGAGCAAGAAUCUCUAAAUCUUUCAGAGACACCGAAUAAAAAAGCACUUUUCAGCAUAUGCAUAAAGACCAGUUAAGGUCUGAAAAGUGCUAGUUUAAAAGCAGCUUGUUUAUUUGUUUUCUUUGCUUUUUAAAACUUUUGGUCACAAAUUUUCUACUGGAGUUAGGGAAAGAAAGGAAAAAAAUAAUGUUUGCAUUGAGGAGUAAGGGCACUGCUGCUGGCAUCUUUCCUGUUGAGUCAGUGCGUGCAAUAGUAUUCUCCACGAAUAAUGACAGCACUAUUGAAAUAUAUCUGGAUUAGAGCCUGUUAACUUCUAAGAAAAAGGAAAGUCUUUUAAAUUU